CGAGAGAGAGAGAGAGAGAGAGAGAGAAGCAUGGAAGCUCGCUUGGCGAAGUUCACCGGAUCCAACCUCCUCCACUUCACCGCUCGGCGCAGCCUCGCUCUCCGUCGCUCCGGGCGGCGCGUCCGCUUCCCUUCCGCGCUCCUCCAUUCAGGGACCGGAAGGGAUGCGGGGAGAGCGUACGACGCGCUGCUGCUCGACGCCGGCGGCACUCUGCUCCAGCUGGCGAAGCCGGUGGAGGAGACGUACGCCUCCAUCGGAGCCAAAUACGGUCUUACUGCGACGCCUGCCGAUAUCAAACGAGGAUUCAAGAGGGCGUUUUCCGCUCCCUGGCCGGAGAAGCUUCGUUACCAGGGAGAUGGGAGGCCCUUCUGGAGACUUGUCGUGUCGGAAGCUACCGGUUGUGCAGAUCACGACUAUUUUGAAGAAGUUUACCAGUACUAUGCAGACGGUAAUGCAUGGCGCCUUCCUGCUGGAGCUUAUGAGACAAUGAGUAUUCUGAAAGAUGCCGGAGUUAAGUUGGCUGUUGUGUCCAACUUUGACAUCCGGCUGAGGAAGCUAUUGAAGGACUUAAACAUUGUGGAUCUGUUCGAUGCUGUAAUUGUAUCCUCAGAAGUUGGAUAUGAGAAGCCAGAUCCUGGAAUAUUCAAAGCUGCUCUAGAUCAACUUCGAGUGGAACCUAAUAGAGCGGUACAUAUUGGGGAUGAUGAAAAGGCUGACAAACACGGUGCUGCUGUUGUGGGGAUCGACUGCUGGUUGUGGGGCAGAGACGUGGAGACAUUCUCAGAUAUACUAAACCGCAUACUCAUUCACGUCUAAACGAUUUCAAGGAAUUAAUCAUUCAUCAACAUCGUUCGAGUCCUACCAAUCUUUUCUGUGCUUUUGCCUGCGGAAAUGUUCCCAUGAUGGAGAUGGCCAUCUUGUCAUUCGAAAAUUGAAAUAUUUAGGAGCACAGGUGACAGAAGCAUGGGAAGCUUGAGAUUUUGUGGAAUGACUUGUUAUAAAUUAUAUGGCUUUCUGUCACUCCCGACUACCAAUGGCUCUUUAACAUUUUCUGCAAUGGUGUCCUCUUUAUUAUAGGUGAUUAUGAAUAAAAUGGCCUUCGGGUUUGUGUACCGUGUUAUAUAUGCAUUCCAACUUUGAAUGUUUAAAAAACGUACCGAUAUGCAAAUGGUUUCUUUACCUUUUGGUUUUGAUACA